AUGCCAGCCUCUAUGUCUCCUUCCAUAAGCAGCAACGGCAAGGAUGAAGACGGUGAACGCGAGGAUUGUCUUCAUGGCCUAGCUGAACUUCCCUAUCAUGAGCGUCUAACCCGCUUCUUGCGUGGUGCCACAAGACACUGGGUCGCAGGCGACAUCUCUGUCAUCGAUUUCCGGCCUUUAUACACCGUUACACUCUACGAUCUGCAGCGAAAGCUCGCUCAAGGGAUUCAAAAGGUCGAGGGGGGGAAUAUUACAGAUGAACAGUUGAGUCGCAUGCGAGGAACCUUGCAUGAGUAUACCAAUGCGCUCCGUGACUUCGAGUUUAUCCACGCCAACCGCUGGUCUACCCAAUUCGUGAAGGACAUCGCAGCGUCUCGUAUUGACAAUGGCAGCGGCUCCAAGCUCCAGAGCGCAUUAAUUUCGGACUUCAACCUCACCGUUCCGAGCACUCACCGCAGCCUGUUCCGCGAUGCGGAUCUCCUCGGAUCUUUCGACCCGAAGCUCAUGGAGCACAGCAAUGCCCUCGGACAAAGUCUAGGCACAACUCGCGCGCAUGCAUUCGCAAGUGAACAGCGAAGAGAACAGUUUGCUCUAGCGUGGAAACGAUUUGCUUCUGCGUUCGUUGGUGGCAUGAUCAUUGUUGUCCCGAUGCUGAUAUUGCUUGUGGGGGAUGUGAAGACGAAGACGUUGGCGGUCAUCCCGACGUCGAUACUGCUGUUUGCAGUUGGUGUAGCACUAUUUGCGAAGACGGAUCCAGUCAAUUUAUUGGCUGCGACGGCAGCCCCUUGUCCGAAUACAUCCGCUAGUCAUUCACCAACUAUCCUUACGAACCUUACUCAUCCUCAACCACUCUACCGCAGAGUGCAUCUCCGGCCUAGAUCCAUACCACAACCACUUCACACCCGCCAUUACCUCCCUCUGCACGACGGUCCUCCGCUCGAGAAACCUGACGAGAGAGCUUCUACCAGGGCUAAGCAUACUGAAGGUCUCGAGCUCAUAGGGAAGAAGAGCUGUCUCUGCGUGGACCUGCCGGCAAACGAAGAGGAGACUCAGAUAAUUCUGGAGCGUAUGUGGAAAGCGAAGUUCAGAGUGACGAAGCAACUCGAUGUCUUGGCCACAGUCCAGGGCGAAGGUCCAAAUCAUGUUGCGAAUUUCAGCUGGGAGACGUAG